AUGUCAUGUGAAGAAAAUGAUGAAUAUGAAGAUUAUAAAGAUAUAAACUAUGGAUUGGUCUUAAAAAAGAUAGUAAAAAGAUCAAUAAAUGAUUGGCAUUUUUUUUGUGAAAGAGUUCAUAAUGAUAAUGGAGAAAAUUUUGAUUAUUUAAGAAGUGCAUUAAUACAAUAUUGUAGACAUAUGAGAGAAUGUUUUUUAAAAUUAUUGGAAUUGGAUAAAUUUAAAGAACAGUACAAACAAAUCAAUGAAAUUAUAAAAUAUAUCUUCGAGUUAAAAGAAAAUUAUCAAGAAUUAAAAACAAAAUACCAAUAUGAUUUAUAUUUAUGCAAAAUAAAAACAAUUAGCUUACAAUUAAAUGAAAACAAUAUUCUCUGUGCAUUGGACUUAUUAUCAACUAAAAAAUAUACUCGCUUUCCAUUAUUAUUUAAACAGAUUUUAAAAAGUCCAACUGAUUUUUUCUUGCCUGAGUUAGGUAUACAUGAAACACGUAUUUUGAAAAAAAGAAUUGCUGAUGAAUUUUUGAUAAAUUAUUACAUAUCUAAAAUACCUAAAAAAAAAGUAAAUUUUAUUUUUUCGGAUGGAUUAAUUGAAAUGGACAUAAUAAAUGAAGUGAAAAUAUUUUUCAUAAGUGAUUUUUUAAAUUGGAAAAUUUUAAAAGUGGAUAUAAUAUUUUUAAACAAAAUGAAUUUACAUUCUUCACAUAAUUUAAAUUUAAUUAAUAUGAUAAAUUAUUCUAUUUUACAGAAAAAGCAAGAAAUUUAUGAUAGAAUAAUGACGUGGAACAAUUUUAAUCAAAUAAAUAAUCAGAGUAAUAUUAAUAUAGAAAAGCCCAAUAGCUUAAAUGAUGAAAAAAUAGAAAAUGAAUAUCAUAUGACUAUUUCUAGUGAAAAUAUUCAUCAUAUCCAAAAUGACCAUAUAAAGGAAACUUUUAAUGAACUUAAUAAAGUUUAUCUUGAGAACAUAGAUAAUUCUCCAAAAAAUACAAUUGCAAAUGAAGAGAAAGAAGAGCAACAAAAGAAAGAUAAACAUGGCAACAUAAUUAAAUAUCUAAAAGAUAAAAAAAUUCAAGAAAAAGAGAAAGAUGAAGAAGAAAACGAAGGGAAUGAAGAUGAAAAUGAAGAGAAUGAAGAAGAUGAAGAAGAGGAUGAAGAAGACGAAGAAGAGGAUGAAGAAAACGAAGAAGAGGAUGAAGAUAACGAGGAUGAUGAAGAUGCUAAAUGCAAGUUUGAUUUUAAAUUUGAUGAGCAUGAGAUAUUUGAUAAAAGCAUAAGAAAAAAUAUUCAUUAUAAGAAAAUAAAUAUUAUUGAAAAUUAUUAUAAAAAAGAAAGUAAUAAAGGGAAUAAUAAGGAUGCAUUAAUGAUUUGUGAUAUAUUAUAUGAAAUAUAUAGAAAUUGUCAUUUUUAUUGUAGUAAGCAAAUUCUAGAAUUUAUUAAAGGGUGCAUAAAUCAAUAUAAUUCAUUUAAUUAUAAUAAAAAAAAAUUUCAAAUUUAUAAGCUAUUUAAAAAUAACAAAAUAGAGUUCAUCCCUUCAUCUUCUCAUUAUAGUUUAAAUGAUAGCAACUCAUUACUUAAUUUAGACAUUCAUUUGUAUGACUUUGAAUUAAGCAAAAUAAUGUACAAUUUUUUUGAAAAAAUACCAUUAAUUAAUAAAAACAGUCAAAAAAAAAUCAUUUUAAAAUUUGUUUUGAGUAGUGUAAAUGGAAAUAUAAAAGUAUUUCUUUGGCCUUUUAGUUAUUUUAAAAAAACACAGAAUUUUCAUUUUGAUAAUAUUCUAUCGUAUUCUGAAUUUUUUUUGUGUAAUUUUUUAAAAAAAAAAAUGAAAAAUGUUUUUGCAUUUAAUCCUCUUUAUAUUCACAUAGAAAAUUGGUUAAUAAGGGUAGCUUAUUGUAUUGAAUAUUUUCUUUUCUCUAUUCUAAAAAUAUUAUGUACAAGUUACAAUAAGAACAAUUUUUUUUUUGAGUAUAAAAAUUUAAAUAUAACAGAUUAUUUAAAAAGAAGUGAAAAUUCCUUUGAAAAUAAUAUAAUUAAUAUUCAUGAAUUAAUAUUAGAUUAUUUUUUCGAUUUUAAUUAUAUUAGAGAUCAAUUAAAAUGUAUCGACGAAAAUAAAAAGUAUGAAUAUAAUAAUGAAGAUGGUGCCAAAUUAAAAUUUAAUAAUUUCAAAGAGAAGGAGAAAGAAGAAAUUAUUAAUCAAAAAAUUAUAAGUAAAUACGAUGAAAUUAAUGAAAAUAAUAAUAAUAAUGAAAUUUAUGCAGAUAUUGAAAGUAAAAUAAAAAUAAUAAAAGUGAAAAAGCCAAAUGGAAAGUUUUAUAUCUUAAGAUACAUAUUUUACGAACAAAAAAUAGAUUUAUUCAUAAAUAUGCAAAGUGAAAAAUUUAUUUUUAAGUGUCACUGGGAUAAUACAUUUACAAAUAUCAUUAGCCUAUAUUAUAAUUUAAAACUAAUAAUAUAUAUAAUUUACUUGUUAAAAUAUUUUUCUUUAUUUAUAUACUUUUAUAAUUAUUUAAAAAAACGUUUUAUUAAUAUAACUCCAGGAAAAUUUUUUGAUUUUGAAUUCAGCGAAAAAGAUUUUCAUUCAUCAUUCUUUUUUCACAAAUUAAAAUUAUAUGACUUUUUGAAAAAAUAUGAAUAUUCUUCAAAUAUUAUCUUAACUAAAUUUCUAGAACAAUUUUUUUCACUUGCUGAUUUUUAUUUUUAUUUAUAUAGAGAAGGAAACGUAAAAUAUAAUAAUGAUGAAUUUAAAAAAAAUCUCAUCAACUUGAUAAAAAAGGAUCAUUUAAAAAAUAGUGAUAAAAAACAACACCAACAUAGCAAUUAUAAUAGUAAUAAUAAUAAUAAAAAGAGCAAUAAUAACGAAUAUAAUAAUGGUAGUAGUAGUAGAAAUAAUAGUUUUAUUAAUAACAGUAGUAAUGAUGAGAAAAUACAAAACAAUGCUUAUUUUUAUAUAAAUAAUAAUAUAAAUAAUAACAUAAAUAAUAAUAUAAAUGAUAACAUAAAUAAUAAUAUAAAUAGUAAUGAGAAUAAUAACAGUAGUAUGAGUAUUAUGAAUAAUAAUGCAAGUAUGAAUGAUGAUAAUGAAUAUAAAAAAGAAUCGAAUUAUAAAAAUAACUUUUUCUCUGUUUUUUAUUAUACUAUUUAUAUUAAUAAUAACACACCAUUAUUAUUAUGUAUGCUAUUUGAAAAAAAUUAUAUAUUUUCUACUUACAUUAUUAUAUCAUUUGAAAAUAACAAUAGAGUUUCUGAAAAAGAAAAUGAAAUAAGCUACGAAAAAAAAAAUAAAAAGAAUUUUUUUAUUAUUCCUUUAAUUCAUAAAAAAUAUUCUCUGAAUAAAAAACUCGAUUUUUAUUUUGAUAGUAUAAGAGAUUUAAUAAAUAGUUUUUUAAAUAUGUUUAUUAUUUUAUAUAAUAUUUCAAAAGUGAAUUUUCAUUAUCCAUUUUUUGUCAACUCUUUUAAUGCUGUUGAAAAUAGUGUAAAAGUAAAAAAAGAGGAAAAUAAAAAACAGAAUAUGUUUGAUUUUAACAAUGAUGUGUAUUAUAAUCAUUUUAAAUCAAUUGAAAAUAAAGCUGCAUUAGACUUACAAUAUUAUAUAAGUAAAUAUAAUUGUAACCAUGAAAGUAAUAUAAAUUUUGAAUAUUCGAAUGAUUAUAUAGAUAAUUAUAUCUUGGAUUUGGAUUGUUCAUUAGAUGAAUAUUAUAUAAAUAGUGAGUCUAUAAAUGAACAAAAAAAAAAAAAUACAUUUUUUUUAAUAAAAAUUCAUAAAUGUGGAUCAUUAUUUUUUAAAAUUCCUAUUAAAGAAAAAAGAUAUAUAAAAAUAAAUAAUUUUGAUAUUAAUGAAAACAAUGAGUUACAGAUUUUUUUUGGUAAUAUAGUUAUAAAUAUGAUAUUAGAAAAAAAAAAAAAAAAUAAUAGAAACAUAAAAGAAACAGAGUAUAAUUAUAUGUUGGAUAAUCAGAAUCAAUUAAAUUUUCAAAAUGAAUCCAAUUUUCAAGAUAACAAAAAAAGUGAAUGGGUUUUACUAAAAAAAAUUUAUGUAGUUGUAAAAGAUGAAUGCUCAUCAAUAAAUAUUUUAAAUCUCUUUUCAGUUAUUAUUAAAACUUUUUCGAUUUUGAAUUUUUUUAAUGAACUCUAUUAUAUAGAAAAAAUUUUUUCAAAUUAUAUAAUUACUGAUUGCCAUUUAUUAAAUACUCAUGUUAUGUAUUUCUGCAGUUAUAAUAAAGAUAUUACUUGUUCUAUUGAUAUAAAUUUUUUAAAUAAUAAUUUUAUUUUAAAUGAAAAGGAAAACAAAUAUGAAUAUAUUUGUGAAAAAGAUAAUUCAAGUGAUGGUCACGUAAAAGAAUUUUUAACAUACAUUAGCAAAAAAAAUAUGAUUAAUGCAAAUAUGGUUAGUAGAAGUGAGCCUGAUUAUUUUAAAUAUUUAAAUUAUGAAGAUUUCUUAGAAAAUUUAUUAUUUAUUGAUAUUAGUUUUAAUUGUUCUAUUGAUUGUAUAAAUAAAAUUUUUUUGACAGAAAAGAAAAAUAUAUAUAUUCAUUUAAAAAAAAAUAGAAGUAUUUUUAAUACUUUAAGAUUUAUUUGUUUAACUUUUGAAUUUCAUCAUUCUUUUUAUGUUCUUAUUAACAAAACAAACAAUCAUUUAAAUAAAAUUAAUUUUUUAAAUCAAGUUAAUCAAAAUAUAUUUUUUGAUUUCCAUUAUGAAAACAUUUUAACUAUUAAUUUAAAUUUUAAUCCCAUAAAAAUAGGCAAUAAUAUUUUAUCUUUUUAUAUUAUUAUAGAUCCUGAAAAUUUUUCAAAAGUUACUGUUAUUCCGUAUUUGGAUGAUUUAAACAAAAUUCAAGGGAACAAAGAUUGCAUAAAAAAAUUUUUUAGAAAAGAAAAAAUUUUAGAGAUAUUUGAACACAAAAUUUCUAAAUUAAGAAUAAACGAUAAUCAAAAGGAUGUAUUUGAAGAAAAAAAAAUAGAAGUAAAUAAAUUAUCCUAUACUUCUAUUUCUUCUAGUAGUAAUAUUAAUGAUAAUUUAAAUAAUAGUGAUGACCAAAAAAAUUUUAAUGAUAAUAUGCAAGUUGAAAAUAAUGAUAUAAAAAUAAUAAGUAAUAAUUUGAAUAAUAUAAUUGAUAAUAAGAAUAAUAUAAAUAAUUCCAAUAAUAAUAUAAAAAAUACAAAUGAUAAUUUAAAUAAUGUGCGUGAUAAUAUAAAAUAUGCACCUAAUACUUCUCAUAAUAACAUUGUCAUUGAUAACUUAGAUGAAGAAGACAUUUUUAUCUAUUUAUUUUUAAAUUUUUGUAAUACAAUAAAUUUAAAGAGAAAUAAAUGUACUUAUAUUAAUUUAAAGGAAAAUGAACAUAGUUUUUAUUUCAUUACUGGUAAUAAAAAUUGUUUCGAAAAUAUUGAUGAAAAAAAUUCUCUUGAAAAAGAAUCUGAAAUAUUUGAAGAAUAUGAUAUGUUUUUAUCGAAUAUAAAAUAUAUAUUAAAAAUAAAAAACAAAAUAAUAUUGUCUGAAAUUAAUUUUUUACCUCCAAGAUUUUUUGAUACGAUACUUUGUCCUUUUAUUGAAUUUUUAAGAACGUUAAAAGUAUGGCUAAUUUUAAUUGAACAUUUAAAAAUUCAUUACACAGAUAUUACUUUAAAAAAUGAUUUUAAAAUAAAUAACGUUUUUCAAUAUCUAACAGCAUUAAAAAAAAAAGUAAACAAAUCAAAUGAAAAUGAAAAUAAAAAUGAAAGAAAAGAAGUGGAUAAUUAUGAACAUAAAGGAGAAAUAAAUAUUCAAAAUGAAAACGAACAGACGAGAAAUGGCAAUGAGAAAUAUAUAAAAAAUGAAAAUAUUUUUAUACAUAUUGUCUGGUUUAUAUAUAAUAUAAAGACAUUGUAUUUAGAUGAAAUUAGAAAUAAUGAAAAUGAAAAAUCAUAUAAAAGAAAUUAUGAAACAUUUCUGAUUGAUAAUAAAGAAUAUACUUCAUAUAAUAAAAAUGAUAAAAACUUCUAUAUAGAAGAUGAGAAAACUCAAAAAAAAGAUGUACAAUAUAAGAGGUUAAAAAUAUCAGAGGAAGUAGAAGAAAAUAAUAAUAAUAAUAAUAAUAACGAAAUAAAAAUUGAUGAAUUACAAAAUCAUAAAAAAAGUGAAAAUGUGGAGAAAAAUGAAAAUAUAAAUAUUUUAAAAGAAAAAAUACAUAGUAAUAUAUCUGAUUUAUUAAAACAUGAAUUAUAUAUUGAAGAAAUAGAUAUAAACAAAUUAAAAUAUGUAAUGAAUGCAUAUUCUUAUAAUAGUGAUAUACUUUUAAAAGGUGAGGAGGAAAAAAAAGUUUUUAUUGAAAAACAACUUAUAGAAAAAAUGUAUUAUUUGAGAAAUUUUAAAUUAAAAAAUUUAGAUGCUUUAAAAUUGUAUUAUAAAAAUGUUAAAAAAAAAAUAUAUUUUCAUAAUAAACGUUUUAAAGAGGAAGAUUUAAAUGAUAAAAAAAAAGAAUUUAAUGAUGAAAAUAUUAGUAAUAAUGUAUCUUCAGAAAACCAAACUUCAAUAAUUUCAGAAAAUGAUGAUCGUCAUGUAAUAAACAUUAGUCAACAUAAUUAUAAUCAAUUUAAUAAUAACAUGAAUAUUUAUAAAAAAAAUAUAAAUAACACAGAAUAUAUAAAUGAUAAUAGAGAAAAUAUGAAAUUAAGUAAUUUUAAUGAACUCUCACAUUUAUCUAAGAAUAUAUAUGAAAAUUGUAUAUGUUAUAUAUCACAUUCGAUUAGUAUAUAUUUUGAAAAUGUUGGAGAAAGUGUUGAUGAAGAUGAGUGUUGGUUUUAUUGUAAUACUAUCAAUAAAAAUAAUAACAAUAAUUGUGUAGAAAAUAAGAAGAAAAGAUUUAUUUUAAAUGAGGAUAAUAUUUUAAAAGAAAAUUCAAAAAUAAAUUGUUCACUUAAUAUAAUUUACAAAUAUAUAAGAAUAUGGUUAUUAAAAAUGAAUUAUAAUAGUAUUCUUUUUUUUUUUAUUUUAAUUAAUGAAAUAAUACAUGAUAAAAAUAAUUUGUGCGAAAUUUCUUCAUUACUUUUUAAUUGUGUUUUAUCUUACAAUGAGCAUUUACAAUUUUGGGUUUCUAAAAAUGCAACUAUUCCGUCAAUUCCAUUUAUUGAAGCUGAUUUCGCAAUUGAGAAUUACGAUGAAAAUUUAAAAGAUAAUGAAAAAAGAGAAAAUUUAAAGAAUAGUAGUAAAUUUAUUGAAAUAGUUACACCUUUUUUUAAGGAAAAAAAGGAAAUUAGGUAUAUGAUUUUAGAAGAAAAUAACUUAGAAUUGCAUAAAAUAAGCGAAGAUAAACGUAAAAAUAUAAUACAGAAUAAUGCUUAUACAAAUAAUUUAAAUACUUUACGAAAUGAAGAUAAUACAAAUAAUAUAAAUAUUUUAAGUGAUCCAAAUAAUAAUAAUAAUUUAAAUAUUGUUCAUUAUAAAAAAAUAAAUAUAAAUUAUAAGAUAUGGAGAUAUAUGCCAUGCCCAUUUAAAAAUGUAUACAAUGAGAAGUUAAAUGUUUUAAGUAAAGUUAAUGAUAGUAUUUCUUUAACUGUUAAAAUACCUUUACCGAUAAAAAAUUUAAAAGAUGUUUAUAUAAAUAAUGAUUCAUUUAUUAAAUUUCUUGUUGCAAAUAAAAUUGAUUUAAAUGUAGCUCACCAAAGAGUUAUGAAAAUUUUACAAAAAUAUAAUUUGAUGCCUAAUUAUUCUUUAGUUGCCUGCCAAACUAUCCUACAUAUUUCAACAUUUGAAUUACUACUAAAAAAUGGUAAAGAAAUGUAA